CGAUGCCGAGCCGAUCGUUACCGCGACACCGCGCCGAGCGCGCGGCGGCGAUCGGACAAGACGCGCCGGGCGGCGGUGACGCCGCGAACGCGAACGCGGACGCCGCGCCCGACGCCUUCGCGAACGCGGACGCCGGUGUCAACACCCAGGCGCAUGCGUCCGACGCCGCGGCGUCGUGGGCGACGAACGUCACGCGAGCGGCGUUGGUGAAGGAAUACUUUGAGAGCCGCGCGAUCGAGACCACGAUCGGCGUCGCCGCGCUUCCGGUCGGCAUCGCGCUCGCGUUGGCGGGACGGAAGCACGACCAAAAGUUGACGCUCGCCCUCGUCGCGGGCUUCGGCGUGUGGCUCGGUUUGAUGGCGAUCGAUCUGUUGCGAGAUCUCGUACCGAACGUGCUCGGCGACUCGGUGACGAUUCCGGACAACGAUUACGUCAACUACGGCAGCGCCGCCGUCGUGGCGUUGAUUUUGGUGAGCGUGGCGGCGAACGUCUAUAAGUUGUUCGGCGUCGUCGUCGGUUUGAUGUGCGCCGUCGGUAUCUCUUCGGUCACGAACCACAUCGUUGACGACGUGCCCAUCUCGGCGACGAUCGUGAUCAACGUUGUCGGCGCUAUCGGUGGUCUUUAUUUGGUGACGCCGUUUACCACGGACAAACUUGGGAUUUUGUUUUCCUUCGUCGGCGGCGCGUUGGUCGCCGUCGGCGCCUCCUUCGCCAUCUUCGUCGCCGGCGGAGUCACUGAGUGUGCGGACACGGCCUCGGCCGCGUGUAACUGGGCCGUUCCAUUGGCUGCUGGCGGUUCCGCGAAGGUGGUCGCCAAGUACGUGCCGGACAUUUGGGUCCUCGCCGUCGGCACGAAGGUGAACGCCGCCGCGAGCGCCGGCGCGCACUCGUUUGAUUUCUCCAACUACAGCAACUACAUCGCCAUCGGCGUCGCGUUACUCUUCGUGUACAUGGGCAUUUGCACUCAGGGGCGCGCCAGAAAGGGAGAGACUUCCGAAACUUCCCCGCUGUUAGGAGAUGCCGAAAAGGGUAAGUGAAGAGCAUAAGCGCGCCGUCGUUUUUCAAAAAACAAACGACGAGCGGGAAGCGGGUCAACGAGGCGCGCACGAAACGACGACGACGGGUGCACCGAGUACAAUUUUGUAA